UGUUUUUAGGUUUGUGUGGAGAAAAAAAGUCGGAACCUGCAUGCCUUUGGUGGCUGCGUUUCUUCCUUGGCGUUGUGUUGGUGGAAUCUCUCUCUCUCUCUCUCUGACUCUGUGUCUCUUUCCCAGGCCAGGACCGCGCGAAACACGUAAAUUCCCCUUCAAACACACAAACAAAACGCAGUGUUUGAAGCAUCUCUAUAUAUACCCCCCCUUCUCAGCCAAACAAUCCCCAUUCCCUCUUCUCUAACCCUAUCUUCUCUCUUGUCUUGAUUCCAUUCAAUUUAAACCUCAGGGCGUGGCAAGUUUCAACCUUUUUCCAGCACCCAUUAACAUUAACAUGGCCAUUCCCUACCCCCAUUUCAUCGCCACCGAGAAAGCCGCCAUGGACGCCGGCCUCCUCCACCCCUCCUCCCCCUCCUCCGUCAUCCUCACCCAAGACGACCUCAAGAAAAUCGCCGCCUACAAGGCCGUCGAGUACGUCGAGUCCGGCAUGGUCCUCGGCCUCGGCACCGGCUCCACUGCCAAGCACGCCGUCGACCGCAUCGGCGAGCUCCUCCGCCAAGGAAAACUCAAAGACAUCGUCGGAAUCCCCACCUCCACCAAAACCCACGACCAGGCCCUCUCCCUCGGCAUCCCCCUCUCCGAUCUCGACUCCCACCCCACCGUCGAUCUCGCCAUCGACGGCGCCGACGAGGUCGAUCCCUUCCUCAACCUCGUCAAGGGCCGCGGCGGCUCCCUCCUUCGAGAAAAGAUGGUCGAGGGCGCCUGCAAGAAGUUCAUCGUCAUCGUCGACGAGUCCAAGCUCGUUAACUAUUUGGGGGGUAGCGGCUUGGCCAUGCCCGUUGAGGUUAUUCAGUUCUGUUGGAGGUUCACCGCGGCGAGGUUGCAGAAGCUUUUUCAGGAGGCUGGGUGCGUUGCCAAGCUUAGGACUUUCGCGGAGAAGGAUGAACCUUAUGUCACGGAUAAUGGGAACUUUAUUGUGGAUUUGUAUUUCGAGAGGAGUAUUGGGGAUUUGAAGGCUGCCAGUGAUGCAAUUUUGCAGCUUGCUGGAGUUGUGGAGCAUGGCAUGUUUCUUGAUAUGGCUACCACUGUUAUUGUUGCAGGGGAGCUAGGGCUGACGGUGAAGAACAAGUAGUUGUUCUUGGUGGUUAGGAGAAUGAAGGUAGGUUAAUUGGUCAAGGUUGACAUGGGGCUUCUAAGUUCUAACCCAUUUGUAUGGUUUAGUAGCAAAGGUUUUAAUUCAGGGGGGAAAAAGGGGUGGGGGGGAUUUUGAUGAAAUCCUUUUGUUAUUCAAUACAAAUGUUGGAGAAAGUUUCUAAAUUCUCCGGUAGUUUUGUUUUGUUUUAGGGACGGGGGGAUUUAGUUUGAGCAAGCAGAAAGCAAAAUGGAGAAAUGAGUAUUGAUCUCAUGCAAUGGCUGUUGUGUGGUACUGAAUCGGUUGUCCGCACAAUAUGUUGUUGAAUUGACUGUGUUUUAACAUAUUGAAUUUAUCUAUCUAAUUCAAUUUUUCGUAGCCU